AUGAAAGCUUUAACGAUUUGCACACUGGUCUGUGUGGCCUUCAGCGGUGUUCUAAGUGCAUCGAUCAUCAGAGUGGCUCGUGAAGAUGUAGUUCCUAUCGUAGAUGAACUCGUCAAGGAAGAAAUUGUAUCUGAAUUGCGGAAUUCCGAAAUUCCUGUCGCUGUCGAGGAAGAACCAGCCAAGGCAAUCCUCGAAGAUUCAGUAGUACCAGUAGAGAAUCAACGUUCUGCUGUUAAAGUGGUCGAAGUCGUCGAACCAGUGGUCUUAGAAAAGGUUGUCGUGGAUGAAGCGAUCGUUAAUGCCGAUAAGGAACCCGUAGAAUCUUUGCGCAGUGUUUCUCCAGUAGUAGCAGUCGAUGAACCAGUCGCUGUUGUCAAAGAAAUGGAAGUUGCAGUCGAGCCUGUCGUUGAAGAUAAGGUGGUUGCUGCGGUUGAAUCGUUACGUAAUGUGGAACCAGUAGUGGAAGUUGUCGAACCUGCCGUGGCUGUUGUCGAUGAGCCAAAAAAGGACCAGGAUCCCGUGCAGUCCGAAGGCCCACUGCGCAGCGCUCUUCCCGUGGUAGACGAAGAAGAAGCUAAGCCAGCCAUAGCCGACGUAGAAAGUGAAAAGGUUGUUGAAGUUAAAGAAGAGUCCAUCGCUCCUGCAGUUAGAACUGUUGCUGAAGUUAUUUUGGACAAAGCCGAGGAGAAACCAGCAGAGAUUCCGGCUGAAGCCCCCGCCGUUAAGGCAGCUGAGGUUAGUCCAAUCGAGUCCUUAAAAAGCGUCGAACCAUCCGUUGUUGCUGAAGAACCGACUGCUGUGGUUGUAGAAGAUUCAAAAGCCGCCGAUGAGAUUGAACCCCUUCAGGCAGUCCCGAUCAAACCUUUCCUGGAACAAUUGGCAGAGGCUGAAGCUGCUAACGCAGAACCCGCUGUUGAACCCGAAUCAGAAGCCAAAUCUGCUGUGGAGCCAGCUGCAGAAGAAAAAGCUGCUCAAGAUACCGUAGUAGCUGUGGAUUCCUUAAGAUCCAACGCACCGGCUGUCGCUGUCGAAGAGCCAGUUGCAGUUGCUCUUCCGGAAAAAGAGGCAGCUGCCGAAAAAGUCGAUGAACCAGCUGCUGAAGUUCAAAACGCUGCUGCCGAUGAAGCUCCCAUGCCAGCAGUUAUUGCUGAUGAACAAGCUGCACCCGCCAUUGCUGCCGACGCUGCCGAAGAGAAGGUGCCGGUCCCAGAGGUGCCAGUGGAGGAAAAAGUAAUUGACCCAGUGGAAUCCCUACGGUCUGCACUUCCCGCUGCAGAGGCUGAAGAACCAAAAGUUAUUAUAACCGAGGAAAAAAAGGAAGCGCUUCCAGUCGUGGAAAAUGAAGUAGUUCCAGCCGUCAAAACAAUUGUAGAGGAAAAAGUUGCAGAGAUGGAACAAAAGCCUGCUGAAGAACCAAUUGAAGCAGUUAGAGCAGCUGUACCCAUCGUCGAAGAAGUAGCCCCGGUAAAGGAAGUCGAACAGGAGCCAUCGGAUGUUGUUCGUGCCGCCGAAGUAAAAGAUGAUGCCAGCACGACUGCUCGUCCUAAUCUAAUUCAGCAAAUCAUUCAACCAGUCAACAACCUCAUCCAAAACAGUCCACUUGGACCAAUCCUGAAUCGAGGCUCGACGACUGCUGCUCCAGGUGCCGCACAGGCAGCAGAGAAUUUAAACACUGGCGAAGCUGCUGCUGCUCCUAUUGCUAAUGACGAAGCAUCUGCAGCGACUACUGCCGCUCCCAAUGUGUUCCAGCAGCUCGGUCAGAACAUUCAAAGCUUUCUAAACCCGAACGCUCAAAACGCACAAACCUCCGCGGAAGGUAGUACCACUGCGCGUCCCAACAUUAUUCAGCAGGUCUCGAAUGCUGUCGGUUCCGUAUUCAAUCGUCCGUCUAGCAACUCUGAACAGCAACCAGCUCCAGCUGCAGGACCCAUUCAAAGCUUAGUACAGGGCGUCCAGAAUUUCUUCCGACCAACUGGUUCAUCCACGGCCGCUCCGGAAGCAUCGGCGGAGGAAACGCCUGCGCCUGCUGCACCCCUUGCCGCCGAAGACGCCCCUUCCGCUUGA